UGAUAAUACCAAUACGUUCGGUAGUCUGUAAUUAUCUUUCCAAGUAAUAUUUAAUAGUUCUACGUAUGAAAAGUGGGUGGAAACGAUUGAGAAAACAAGCGUGCCAUGCAUGAAUGUAAACGCCUGGAAAAGACAGGUGAUCUUCUGAUGGUCCCCCUUCCCUUUACUAUCACGUUCAUAGGUCGAUGUUCAGUAGCUUACAUUAUCUUUGCCUCGGUAUGUAGGGUCGUGAAUGUGUCGUUUUUCCUCUCUCUCUUUUGUUUGACAUCUUCAAAGGAAAUGCUCCGUUUUAUGAAAUGAAUAGUUUAGUAGAGAGUAUAGUGUUAAUCCUGUGCAGUAAAGUGGUAUUUAAGCAUCCCAGGAAACUUUUGUUUCCUGUGUAUAGAUAACAUUUGAUUGAGGGAUUUCCGAACUGUGCCAGCUUGUGUGAGCACUUUCAUGUUAUUGUUUUUCACUGCUGUUACAUUUGGCCUGUUUUCUGUAGUGCUGCACUACAAAAUAGGAGACGUAUUGUUGUGAUUGUGUGUGUGUGCUUGUGUUUAAGAAAAAAAAGAGAGGAAAAUAAUACCCAAAACUUAAAACCUCAUGGAAGAUACGUGUUGCUAUACAGCUCUUCAGUCAUUGCCUUGCUCCACUAGCUUGUACAACAGUGGACCAUCACGGUGUGAAAUGUCGACAUAUAAUCGAGUCAAAAUAGAACCGGGGACUCACUAUCCUUCUAAUGGGUACAUGCCUCCAAUGCAACUAGAAGGUUACAGUAAGAACGCAUGCAGACAAACUCAAUGCCAGUACAGUGAACAUGAUCUUCCGUUGGACUGUUUGCGGCAGGACAACUCCACAAAUUACUAUCCUGAUGGAGCGAACUCUUGCUCAAAAAUGUCCGCCCAUUACUCCAGUAGGAGCCCCCCAGUCAGUGCAUACCCUCCCCAAUCUGGCUACAAUAAUUCUAUGCCAAGUUCUUUAUCUUGUGUGUUUGGAAUGCAAAGACCAAAAAAGAAUCAAGGGAUGUCAAUUUGGGCGAGGACCCAGCAGUUGCCUCAAGACAAACUGAAACAUGUCUCCAAUCUGUACGAAACUUCCCAGAUCCCUAUUGAAGUUCGACACUACUUUGCUGAGUGGAUUGAGGAACAACCCUGGGGGCAAAUUGAUGAAAACAAUCCCUCCCAAAGAGAUCAGAUAUUUGCUCAACAGGUCGUUCAGAAACUCAUUGCUGAGCUAGAGAGCAGAGCAGUGGAGCUUCCUCAACAGAACGAGUACUUCUUACUGCGGAUCAAAUUUCAAGAUGUCGCACACCAGUUUAGAACCCACUAUGCCCAGAACCCAAUGGAACUCGUCCGCAUUUUCAAAAGAAACCUUGCAAUGGAAGAAAGUCUGUUACGUCAGCAUGAAAAUCCAGAUGCAUCGCCCACAGAGGCCCCCAUGCCUGCCUUUGACAAAGACAAACACAUUAUGAACAAGAUCGAUGGUGUAGCGGUGCAAGUCAAUGAAUCUGAAAAAAUGAUAAAAGAGUUGACCCAAAAACAAGAAGUGUUCACCAUUAACUACCAGAAACAACUACAGAUCAACAGUCAGAUUAACCAGACACAGUCUGAGAGAUACUUGGCCACCCUCUCUCCAGAGGAAAUUCAACGUGUGACAGAGGCCAGGAAAACUCUAGAUAAACAGAAGAAGGACUUUGAGACCGUGUUAUCAAAGGGAGCCCAGACCAUCAUCAGUGCUAGAGUGGAAAUAGCGGACACACUGAGCAAGAACUUUGAGGAACUGGAAGAAGUGCGCCACCUGGUGGUGGACCAAGAAUUGAUCGACUGGAAACGCAAGCAGCAGCUGGCCGGCAAUGGGGCCCCAUUCGAUCCCAAUCUGCUGGAAAACCUACAGAAAUGGGUGGAGUCAACUGUGGACCUUGUAUGGAGAAGCAGACAACAGGUGUUAAAGCUGGAGGGACUAUGUAGUCGCAUUCCACUACAAUUGCCCGAUGGAAAGGAAGAUGCUGUGUCCACUCUCAACAACAAAAUAACCAGCAUUCUGUCUUCCAUUGUUACAAGUACCUUUAUUGUGGAACAUCAGCCUCCUCAAGUGUUGAAGAGAGACUCGAGGUUCAGUGCCCGGGUACGGCUGCUGGUGGGUGGACGACUGACCAUUCAUCUCACCCCUCCCACUGUGACUGCCUCCAUUAUUAGUGAAUCCCAGGCCAAACUCCUGCUGAGGGGCCCCAAUCGUCGCCCUGACAACAGCUGUGGGAAGAUCCUGAACAACUCAGGCCUUAUGGAGUUCCACCAGCAGAAAGGCGAGCUCAGCAUUGAGUUUAGGAACAUGAUUUUGAAAAGCAUUAAGAGGGCUGAGAAGAGAGGGACUGAGGCUGUCACAGAGGAGAAAUUUUGCAUCUUGUUCCAAAGCUCUUUCCAUCUUGGAAUGACAGUGAAUGAACUACAGUUUGAAGUAUGGACUAUCUCCCUCCCUGUUGUUGUUACUGUUCAUGGCAACCAGGAAUGUAAUGCUGUAGCAACUGUCUUGUGGGACAACCAGUUUAGUGAACCAGGCAGGAUGCCAUUUGCAGUCCCUGACCAGGUGCAGUGGUCCGAGCUGGUGCACAUGCUUGAUGUCAAGUUCCGCUCGCUGACAGAGCGUGGCCUGACCCAGGAGAAUAAACAGUACUUGGCCACCAAACUCUUUGGUGGCACUAUUGAUGAUAAUUUCAGCCAGAAGAUGGUGAGCUGGAGUAGUUUCAACAGGGAUCCCUUAUCAAACAGGAAUUACACUUUCUGGGAAUGGUUCUACCAGGCCAUGAAACUGACCAAAGAACACUUGAGGGGUCCAUGGAAGGAAGGAUACAUUAAUGGCUUCAUCAGCAAGCUGGACUCACAGCGGCACCUAGAGAAAUGUCCCCUGGGCACAUUUCUGCUGAGAUUCAGUGACAACUUUAUCGGUGGAAUCACCAUUGCCUGGCUAGCUGAGGACAAAACAGGAAAGAAACAGAUUUGGAAUCUGCAGCCUUUCAGCGCAAAGGACUUCCAGAUCCGUGGAUUGGCUGAGAGGAUUAAUGACCUCCCCCAGCUCCACAUCCUGUAUCCAGAUAUCCCCAAACAGAACGCCUUCAGCCGAUUUAUGACACAAACAACUCACCAUACUGGGACAUUAAAUGAUGGCUACGUCCCUCACGAGAUCAGAAUGGUGUAUGACACAAAGGAAAUGAGUGGGGUGGCUGUCUGUAAUGAGAACCCCCAGACCCCCCAGCCUGACGGCAUAGAGUCCCCAAUCAUGUCUCCCCACAAUGCUGUGGGCAGUACCACAGGGGAUGGGACAAACUACAUGGAUAUGGACCAGUACGACCUCCAGGAGUUGCCAGGCAUCGGGAUGGACUACAAUGCUGACAACGUGUUUGAACUGAAUGACAUUAAUCUCAGUAACUUUCUUGUGGAAGCAGCUAUGAAUUUCAGCAACAACCCCAGUAUGAGUGUUGCCAGCAACAUGAAUGGCAACAUAAGUAAUAUGGAUAGUUCCACAUAAGCGAACAUUUUUUAUGUAUUCAGGCAAUGCAGACAUGAAUGCAUUUAUUUACAAAUGUUUGUGUGAAAUGAAACAAAACAUAUCGAAGUGCUAUAAGUACAUGGUGGUGUUACGUGUAUUUAUGUAAGGGUACUUGACUCAAGGAGACAUACAAAUUGUAAAUGUGCAUGCAUUUUCUAUGUCAGUUUUUCUGUCCGGCUUUAUUUUUAAACUAUGCAAUAUGUAUAUGUGUACAUGUAUGUAUUGGUAUUCAUAUAAGAUCAUGUCUUUUGAACUGAAAAAGAUUAUGGGUAAAUGCUAGGUUAAUAUCCGUAUCUAACUUUCGGGGAUCUCAACAAAACUUAAGAAUAUCCUGGGAUUUAUAUAAGUGUGUUUACUAAGUUAAUUUUACUUUCAAACAAAUUCUUCUGCUAUUCAUAUACAAGUAAUCAGCUUCAAUGAGAAUAAUUUUGAUUAUGAUUAUUUUACUCAUGAAAUACAUUAUAAUGUUUGUAAAAAUUUAUGAACUAUAAAUUCAAUCCAAUGGCAUGCAUUUCUUCAAAUCAAGACAUCGCAUCUUGGCACUAGCAGUAGAAUACAACAUAAGUACUCUGGUAAGGUAUUCUAAAUACCCCACGUUCGAGAUACUUAUAUUUACCUGUAUAUAAGGAAAAUUAAUCUUGUAGAAAUUAAUUUGUUUUGUAUAUGUUAGUUGUUUGAGAAAUUUCAAUUUUCAUGGAGUUCCAGAAUUGCUUUUGUACAUUAUACAUCUAUCCUAUAUUAUCCAUGAAGAAAAAUAUUGAAUUAAUAUAAUGUACAAUAUAUACAUGUAUUCUUGAACAGAUUCAAAUUUUUUGUGUUUUGUCACGUGUGAAUUAGAAAUGAUGUAUAUGCUGUCCAAAAAAAGAUAUAUAUGCUGUCCUGAAAAAUAGUUUUGUGACAGCAUUGCACUAUUGUAAUUAAUCAAUGUGAAGAGAAAGUGAAUUGCUAAGUAUUUUUUAGCCAAUAUACUAGUACAUGUAUAACCAUUUAAUCACCAGUCUAUAAUAACCAGACGACUCAUUCUUGUUUGAAUGACAUGUAAUAUACACAUGUAUCUUGUUUUGUGGGAUAAUCUCUCACUGAUGCACUUUCUUCUACAGACAAUUUUUGUGAUGAAUAGUUCUUUUGUGAAAUGAUGAAUGAUUUUGGGAUUUAACAUUUACAAUAUACUCAGAUAAUUUUGAUGAGAUCUUUUGGGGGGAGUUGCUUACUAGCUAACUAAAAAUAAAAGAAUUGAAAGGUCAUUAUGCAAUGUACUGUAAAAUGAUUAUGAGGGAGAAAUAACCAACAGGAGAUUGCUUAAUAACAAGGAAAUCACAAGAUACCACAAAGUCAGAGUAUGCAUAUUUACAGUAAAUUUUACCACAAAAACAAGAUUGCUUUUGUUCCUUCAACUUUCAGUUUGCAUAAAACAUAUAUUUAAUUUGCCACACUUUUGUUAAUAAUAAUAAUAAUUAUUAUUGAUUUUGUGAAUAAUAAUUAUUGAAAAAAAAUGUCAUAACCCUCUUUAAAAAAUUUAUUGUACUGGGGUACCCUUUGGGUAGAAUUCAAAUCUAAGUUUUUUGUCAUUAUAUUUACUGGCUGUUCAUCAUGGCACGAAUUGUUUUGUUUUUGAGAUUGAAGAAAUUUUAAUUUGUUUAAUUAUUUAAUGUUAUCAUGAAAAACCAUAAUGUUCAAAGUUAUAUGUUGCAAAAAAGUUCUUCAAAAUGACAGAAAGGAAGUUAAGAUAACCUUUAAACUCUGUCAAGUUUAAUAUAGAAAUUUUUAGAAAAUAAACUUAAAUGAAAAAAAAAACCAAGAGUUAAAAGCCAGUGUACCUGGUUGAAUACCGAUACAUUUCAGCUUGGUUUAUUUUUGGUAUUUUUUUUAUAAUUUAAUUUUGGUUGUAGCAUGCUUCUUUUUCUUUUUUUGGUUGGAAAAAAAAUUAUUUAUGUAUAGUUUUCCUCAUAUUAUAUGAGUUGAAUAUAUCUUGGUUUGACAUUCCUUAAUUUAUUCAUUAACUUGUUGUCAUUUUUCUUACCUUGCAAUUGCACAGGCAAAUCGUAUUAUCUUUUGCAUCUAACAUUUGUGGGAUUUAGUUUAGAUUUAAUAUAAAACUUAUAUACUUUAUUUCAUUUCUUAAAUCAAAUAUCAUUAAUAUGGUUGUUGAAGGCAAGUUUCAAAAUCCUUUCCUGUGCCAUAUAAUUGCCAUAUUAUUCUUAAAUGUGCUUGUUACAAAGAAAUGCAUAGAUUGUACAUGCGCAUCUGUAUUAAUUUAAUAUAAUUUUUCGCUAGCGAUGGUUUGUACCCCUUUCACUUUCAAAUAUCUUUUUUUAUACCAGUCUGAGAGAAUUUUUCUCUAAAACUAUGGUAACAACUUGAGAAUAUUUAGAUUAUCUUAAUAUUGAUUAGUCAACACUUCUGUUAAGAGGAGAGAAGAAAAACCAAGGUUAGAAUCCACUGGGUAAUGGAAAAGUUCUAGGGGUGUCACUGAAAGAGAUCAUUAGACAUAUGGCUGAUUUGCGCCAUGGAGAAUUUUGUAAAUGUGCUAUUAUAACGCACUGAAUUAAAAUUGAAUUGGUUAAAUUAAAUAUUGAAAUAAUUAUUGAUCAUGUCAGUCACGUUAUUAAUUAGUGAGGGAUAUAUUUUGGUAUCAAAUUUUAAUAAUAACCUUGUUUUAUUUCUGUGCUACUGUUUUUAGCUCACCUGAGCUGAAAGCUAAAGUGAGCUCUUCUGUUCACAUUUUGUCUGUCGUCUGUCUGUUCAUCUGUCUGUAAACUUUUCACAUUUUCGAUAUCUUCUCUAGAACCAGUAGGCCAAUUUCAGCUAAACUUGGCAUAGAGCACCCCUAGGCAAAGGGGUUUCAAAGUUGUGAAAAAUAAGGAUCACACCCUUUUAAAAGGACAGAUAAUUAGAAACUUAUGUGGAAGCACCCUCAGGUAGUGUAGAUUUAAAGUUGUAAAAAUCAUGACCCCCAGGGGUAGGGCCACUAUGCGGGUCAAAUUUUUACAUAGGAAUAUAUAAAGUAAAUCUUAUUUUUUUUUCUCAUAAACCAUAAGGCGAGGAGAGCUGAAACUUAUGUGGAAGCAUUCGUAUGUAGUAUAGAUUCAAAGUUGUAAAAAUCAUGACCGGGGGGGGGGGGGGGGGGGGUAGGGGGGGGCACAGUAGGGGUCCAAUUUUUACAUUGGAAUAUGUAGAGUAAAUUUUUCUUCUCAAGAACCGUUUGGCCAAGAAAGGCGAAACUUGUGUGGUUAGCAUCCUCAGGUAGGGGGAGAUGGGGGCCACAAGUGGGAUUGAUUUUUUACAUAGGAAUACAUAUAUAUCUUAUAUUUUAGUAACCAAUUAGGCAGUGAAAGCAAAUCGAGGUCAUGUAAAUUCACAGUUGUGAAAAUCAUGACCCCGAGUGUAGGUUGGGGCCACAAUUGGGGGGGGGGGCAAAUUUUUAUAUAGGAAAGUAUAGAGUAAUUCUUCGAAACUCUUUUACUCAGACACCAAUCAGCCAGGAAAGGUGAAACUUAUUAGAAACAGAUUCAGGUAGUGCAAAUUUAAAGUUGUGAAAAUCAUGUUCCGGGGUAGGAUGUGGUCACAAUGGGGGUUGAAUUUUUACAUAGAGAUAUAAAGAGUGAAUUUUGAAAAAUUCUUCUCGGACACCAAUCAGCCAGGAAAGCUCAAACUUGUGUGGAAGUAUUCGCAAGUAUUGUAGAUUCAAAGUUGUGAAAAUCAUGACCCUCAGAGGUAGUAUGGGGACCCAAUGGGGGAUCAUAUUUCUACAUAGAAAUAUAGGAGUAAAUCUUAAAAAAUCUUGUUCUCAGAAACUAAUCAGCCAGGAAAGCUGAAACUGAUGUGGAAGUAGCCGCAGGAAGUGUUGAUUAAAAGUUGUGAAAAUCAUGACCCCCGAAGGUAGGGUGGGGCCACAAAGGGGGGGAUGGUUGAAUUUUUACAUAGGAAUAUAUAUAGAGUAAUUCUUUAAAAAUCUUCUUCUCAAAAACCAAUUAGCCAUGAUAACUGGAACUUGUGUGGAAGUAUCCUCAGGUAGUGUAGAUUCAAAUUUGUGAAAAUUAUGACCCAUGGGGGUAAAGUAGGCCACAAUGGGGGGGGGGGUCAAACUUUUACAUAGGAAUAUUUAUAUUUAAGUUUUUAAAAAUAUUCUUAGAAACCAUUUGCUUAGAAAAGCUGUAACUUAAGUAGAAGCAACUUCAGAUGUAAAUAUUCAUAUACGUUAAAAUCAAAAUUUUGAGGAGUAGGGUGGGCCCCCAUUUGGGAUCCAAUUGUUCAAAGGAAAACAUUUUAAUUGCUUGCAAAAUUGGAAAUGUUACCACAAUUGGUUUUACUUAUAUGCAAGCAUUUUGACAUAUCACUUAUUCUUUAAAAUUGUUUAGACUCUGGCCCCUGGAUGAUUCUUGGGCCUCAUAGGGUGUUCAGAGUUUGAUGAAGGGUUAUAUCCCAUAUAUAAACAAUUGUUUAAGAUCUUUUUUUAGAACUGCAGUGUUCAACAUGUGAUAUGUCACAUAAAAUCAUCCUGCUAGAAAAGGGACUUGAUUAUAAACAUAAGGAUAUUCAGGGGGAAAAUGAAUUUUUUUCAUACAGGAUCGAAAUGUAUUACACCUGAUUGUCAAAAUAUUUUGAUUUUGUCUCCAUUAAGCUGAUUUUAUCAUGCCUAUUGUUGCUCAGGUGAGCGAUGUGGCCCAUGGGCCUAGUUGAAAGAAGAUGGUUUUAUGUAUAAUUGUAAAUAGAAAAGAAAUAUAAUAUUGUUAAAAGCUUUUUAUUUUGUUUAAUACAAAUGUAGCAGAAUUUUCUUUCAUAUGCAAUAAUAUUUUGAAUAAAUAACUCUAUGAAAUCAUA